AUUCCAUUCCAUCCCAGACCCGUCGCCGCGCAGCGUCCCUCGGCUCAUUCUCCGGCUCCAGACCAGACUCGGUAGACUGACGGCCACGACCACGACAGUGACGCCGACGCCGCCGCCAUGGACGAGGGCACAGAGCUCGUCGAAGCGUACGACUACCUCUUCAAGUUUAUCGUCAUCGGCGAGGCCGGCACAGGCAAGUCGUGCCUCCUCUACCAGUGCAUCCACGAGCAGUUCAAGGAGAACUCGCCACAUACCAUCGGGGUCGAGUUCUCGUCGAGAACAAUACGGAUAGGCGACCGGAGCGUCAAGCUGCAGUUAUGGGACACGGCGGGCCAAGAACGCUUCCGGUCAGUCACGCGCUCUUACUACCGCGGCGCGGCGGGCGCGAUCCUCGUGUACGACGUGACCUCGCGCGCGAGCUUUAACAACCUGUCGCGCUGGUUGGCAGACUGCAAGGCGCUCGCGAGCCCGCACUUGGCUAUAGUGCUCGUGGGGAAUAAGUUGGACAGGGAGGAUGAUCGGGAAGUGGAGACGGCCGAGGGGGAGCGGUUCGCGCAGGAUAAUGGCCUCCUCUUCGUCGAGACCUCGUCCCUAACAGGCGAGAACGCCGCCAUGCCCUUCCUCCUCGCUGCGCGUUCCAUCCUCUCCGCGAUCGACUCGGGCAGCCUCGACCCCGACGCGGCGGGCACGGGCGUGUCGUAUGGCGAGCGGCAGCUGCGCGCCGUCGGGUCCCAGAGCAAGCUGGGCUACGCGGCGCCGUUUGUGCGCAAGCGCCGGAGGCAGGAUAGUAUUUCUAUCCGGGAGAUGGUGGGGGCUAGUCGGGGGUGUGCGUGCUAGGGGCGCCACGAGCGCAGCGAGUGGUGCGUCUCGGUGACUCCAACGCCGACACGCACACCGACGCACAUCACAACACCUACCCACACCUCACAAUCACCCCCACGCCAAGCCGCCUCGGCCCAGACGCCGCCCACGCGCCCAAACACGCCACCACCCCCACCAAACCCCACGACCCACCCUACUUCUACUCGACCCGCCCCCUAAGGCUAAUGACUAUCGGUGUACUAAUCUGCAUGUAUGUGGUACGAUUGCUCGCACACACUCUAGCGAUCUACCAGGAAACUAACAAGCGGAACGAAAGAGAAAACGAGAGGAAAGAGAGAAACGCGGGGUUGAACCCGCCAUGGCGACCAGGCCUAGUGGUCAGGCGCUGUGGCCUAGCGCCUAGUUGAUGCGCUGGCCCAUGUAGCCCGCCUCGCGGUGCUCACGGCCGCUGUGGUCGCAGCACUGGGGUCAGCAAGCUCAGCGCGAUGGCACUCACGUUGCAGGUGCAGGUGAUGGUGCGCUGGACGGGGCCGUCCUCGCUCUCCGAGGUGCUCGAGUUGCCGUCGUUGUUGCUGUUGUUGUCGUCGCCGCCGCUCUCGGACGACGACUCGAAGACGGAGGGAUACUCCUCGUCCUGGGACGCGUAGGUGACCUGCCCGCGGGAGGUGUUGGUGUUGGUGUAGCCGUUGGCGUAGUAGCCGUUCGAGUACGAGUUGGAGUAGCCGUUGGAGUAGUACCCGUUGGACAUGGUGCUUGUGGUUGUGUUUGGGGUUGGGGUUGGGAAGGAGGGUGAGGUGAGAGGAGGUGAGGAGUUGGUGAGCAAGACGAGUGAGGAUGAAGGGACUGAAGUACUCGCUGCGGCUGUCGUCGAUGGCGACGGCGAGGGCGGUGAUGGUGUUGAGAGUCCAGCGGCCGGUGAUGGCCAUCAGCCGUUGGUUAGCCCAGUGAUGCCUGCCACUGCCACUGAUGGGGCACGGUGCUUGGCCCAUGUACGACGUGUUUGGGUCAGUGUGAGCAUCAGCCGUAGUGAUGGCUCACGGGGGGUCAGCAGAGCGAGCGUGAGCGCGUCGGUCGUCUCGGAGUGCAGC